UCCUCGUCUGUUGUCUUCCUCAGUGACAGUGACGCCUCACGAUAUCCUUCAAACAUCUUUAAUUUCACGAAAUUUUCAAGACAUUACCAUUGGGACAUUAACACGUCAAACACCAUGGCCGCUGUUGAUGAUGCUGCUACAACCUCGAGCAAAGAACUUGAGGUUCACUCUACCGCUGAAGAAGUCUUACCGGCCACAUUGUGGUCAUCGGACACACGGCAUGUGAUUCCCAAAAGUCAAAAUGGCUGCGAAAUUCAUGGUAGAUGGUAUAUAUUACAGAUGCUGGUCCAUGACCAGCCGGAAACGAUCGUAGCAGAACUCUCACAAUGGUCUAGGAAUUCAGAUUGUAGCACAGAAUUCUUAAGAAACUGGAAUCCAAAGUUAACGUUUGGAACUACCGAGGAGAGGUCGAAUCAAAACCCUUAUUAUUAUCUGAUCCUGAAGAAUGUAUCGAAUUUUAAUACUCGAGGUGGUCUCUUUAACCUCCUGGGAAGACUAUGGGAUCAAGAAAGGAUAAGUUUGACUUAUGGUUGGAUAAAAUGGCUAACGGGAAAUAAGAACAAUUAUCAGCUGCGCAUGUCUACUUUAAGCCUGAAAACUCUCCUGAUGAAUACAAUCAAAGAGCAGAAUAUGGCCUUAGUAAGACCCAUGAAGGAGCCUUGGCAGGAGAAUCAAGCGACCUUACUACUGGAUGAAGUCCUGUAUACAGCAACUGAUGAAGAAUUUCCAGUCUUACCAUCACAGAAGAGGAAGAGAACUGCACCAUGGGAGGAGUUGACGCAGUCUGCUCCAGGACCUAAACAACCAGCAAUGGCGAGAGACGCAGACGCAAAUGAGACGCAGACGCAAGAAAUGCAACGGGGGACUACGCAGCUGCCUAUCACGACGAAUGAACCAGCACAGAGUGGUUCGACAAGGCUCGAAAAAACGUGUCAGGGUGGUGUGGGGGAGGACUUGUCUGAACGCGUGAACUGCUCUUCCUGCGACUGUCAACUGCCUAGCAACUUUAACUACUGCAACAUGUGUGGCGUUGCAUUAAACGCAUUAAACACUAAAGAUGAGCCGCCGCUGCUGCUCACCCCGCCAGCCACAGCCAGUGGUCGCUCCGUCAGCCAGUACCCCAUUCUCACUCCCCCAGCCAGCCCAGCCAAAGGUCGCGCCACCAACCACGACACCUUACUCACCCCACACACCUCAACCCCAACACUCCCGGCCAGUGUCCAAGCUUCCACAUCCUCUCAAAAUUAUGCCCAAACAUUGCAGUUGAGUCAAGGUGCCAGCCAAAGUUCACAGCACAGUACAUUCCGUACUCCUAUAUCACAAGUCGGCGAAAAUGGAUCCCAAACGACAAGGCAGAGCCAAUUCAGUGAUCAAGUGACGCAAUCCAGGCAAAAUAGUCAAUUUUGCACCAACGUGUCACAGCCGAGACAUAACCAUACGCAAAGUUCACAGUCCAGUCAGCAGUUACAGCCUGAUCAAUUACAUGUAUUACAAUCUAUUAAAGAUGAAGUUCAAUUCUGUCAGGCCCAUCAAGGUGACGACCAAAUGCCACAGACCGACCAAGGUAGUACGGUCCAUAACUCUGCUUCAUUAACCUGUUCAGGAGCACAGCAUAAUGCUGUGAAUGCCGACAUUAACGCUCAGAAUGCCGACAUUAACGCUCAGAAUGCCGACAUUAACGCUCAGAAUGCCGACAUUAACACUCGAGUGGAUUCAAGCGAGGAGGAAAAGCUUUUAAGAAAUCUACAACAAAGACACUAUACAGACACCGGCCUACAUGUGGCUUUCCCCGUAACCUCAAGCAAUCCACUCACUGUGCAAUGUAGUGUUUGCCAUGAAACCGUUCAAACAGGAAGCCUUGAGCAAAAAUUUCCAGAUCUGCAACGCCACCUUUCUGACACAACACACAAUGUAAACUUGAGCAAGCUGGAAAAGAAGGAUGCAGUGAAAGCCAUUUAUGAAUGGAUUAAAGAAACCUACCCAGACCAAUUUAUACUGAAGCAGGAUUUGGCGGUAUGUCGUUUUGACCAACAUAAAAUUAAUCUCCUACCUACCGGUAAUCCCUAUCGUUGGCUAUUUACCCACGUAAACAGCAAGGGGCACAAAACUAGCAAAAAGAAUAAAGGUAAUAGUCCUGAUAUUUCUAAAUAUUUGCUGCUAAGUAAAAAGAUUUGAAGGAAUCAUUGAGUAUAUCCCAAAGCAACAUUAUCAACAAUACUGUAAUAAAGUGAUAUAUUGAAGCUCAUCUUGGCAAAGAAACACAGUUUCUAUAUAAACAAUACUGUAAUAAAGGGAUAUAUUGAAGCUCAACUUGGCAAAGAAACACAGUUUCUAUAUAAUGAAAACGUCAAAAUUACCAUUAUGAAAAUCCAUUAAAAAUCCGAGAUAUUUGGCCUUAAAUUCUGAAUAGAAUACAUAGUCCAUUGAUGCAAAUGUUUUCUGGUAAUUGUAAGGAUGCUGCUUCUUUCUCCUAUGACAACUGUUCUCCAGUACUCGCCUAGUUGUGCUUGCCGGGGGUUAAGCUUCGGCUCUUUGGUCCCGCCUCUCAGCUGUCAAUCAUCCUCAACACAGGUGAUGGAGUACCUGCGUCUGGCCAUCAUUAACUGUCCUGGACUACAGAACGACAUUAACCUUGUCUGUAAUGUGUGCCUCAGCACCUCUGCUGAUUCACAAAAUAUAACUGACUGAAAUUCAGAUGUGUCGUACGGGGGUACUUAUCAGAACCUCCCCCCAUCAGAUAAAAUAAAUGGACAGUAGUGAUAGCCGGCUAUUUAUUAUUAACAUCUUUAUUGACAAAAUUAAUUACAAUUUUGCCUAAUCUGAGGAUUUGAUAGGUAGCCGGCUGGCACAGCCCUCAGAUUUGUGAAAUGGUGAGGCUGCUAGUUUCUACGGCAUGAUCUCCCGCACUACAUCACUGAAUGCCCAGUUAUUAGACCUUUCAGACCAGUUGGCAUGAGGUACCUGGAGCUUUGCAAUUACUUUAUUCACUCUCGUAUUCUUGAAGAUAU